AUGGAUGUUUUGGAUGAAAUAUCAGCCCUUGUAGAUUAUAUGCUGCUUGCUGGAGUUUUAAUAUUUGUAUGUCGUAUUGAAGCGGCCUGUGUUUGGGCAAAAUUAGUUCGUUCUUGGAGUCGGGUGGAUGACAAAUUAUUUUUAUCAUUGAUUUUUGGUUCACCUAUCAGUGGUCCGUUUGAUUAUGAUGCUUACUUGGUGCACAAGACAUGUUCCUCGGGGCCAUGGUUUGACGACGAAUGUAGGAAAUCUAAAAGACGUAAGUUGGAGAAAUUAUAUAGAAAUGAUGAAACGUUGUUGGAUAAAGACAUAAGAUUGAAAGGGUUUGAACUAAAGAAACUUGAAAAUGAUUUACGAUCAACCGUUAGGAAAAUCGAAAAGUUAAAUUUGAAGUUAACUAACGCCGAACAUGCUGUGUUUUUCAUCAAUAAUUGCUUUUCUGACGGUCUUAACCCAAUAUUUAUUAAAAACCACGGACUGGAAACAACAUCGUGGAUGACCGCUAUGAUCGACUGGAACAUGAAUUUAAAACCAAAAAAGAGCUAA